AUGGACAACAUCGAGCCAUUAGAUGAGGCAAUUUACCUUAUAGAGAUAAAUGAAGUUGUUAAGCAGUACUUGGGCAAGGACAAAGCCAACAAGUCCCUCGGCUUCUGGUUGUCUGGAAGAGGUGCGCUGAAAAUCGAAAUUGAAACCGAAAUUCCAAUUCAAAUACCAGACGGGACAGCCUACGACGACAUAAAGCAAGCAAAGAAGGAAGCCAUUAUAAAGUUCUUUGCCAAGCGUCCUUGGAUACUACUUCCAAACAAGGAGAACCCCCUACCCCAUAUGAAAUUGGCAAUUCAGUCUCUCCUUCGCUUCUCGGGUCAACCAUUCUACAUAACCUGUGAAGGCGACAUCCAACCAGUUCAGUAA